AUGGACUAAGAUUACAUAAUACUCAUAUUAAUUGGAUUAGUUUCCAUAAUACUACUUGGGAUAUUGUACUUUAUAGUAAGAAAAAAACAAUAAUAAAUCCCAAAGACACAACUCAAUAAUUCGACUCAUAUAGAAAUAACUUAAAUGGAACAAAAACCUUAAAAAAAGUUAUUAAAGAAUGAUCAAAAAAUAAUUGAAAAUAAACAUACCCAAUAGCUCAUUUGA